UACUGAAUGAAAUUUUCUUUUCUUUCUUUUUUUUUUCUUUUUUUUCUUUUUUUUCUUUUUUUUUAUCAUAGACCGAAAUAGAAUGGAUCAAGAAAAACAAGAACGAUCAACCUGUGAGCUCUUCGUCCGCGAAAUGUAUGAGUAACAACGAUAAAUCACAGUGUUUUUGUUCGCCGUCCGUGUACAGCGAUGAUGAUCCACGUUAUUUGUCGGCAAAACAAAGUUUAUCGAUUAAACAAAGCAAAUGUACAUGUUGCCGACAUAAUAAGGAAUAUUUCGAAGAAUCUACAAGAUGGUCGAAUGAUCAAAGUGCCGUUGGAGACGUUUUAGAUAAAGUAUCAACUCGCGAACAAUUUAUCGAUGUUGAAUCAAGAAAAUCGGUAGAUCGAUACAAUCACGACCUAGAAAGAGAUACGAAGAAUAAUUUUACACAUCUCACGAGAAGAAAGUGUACAUGCUGUCCGAUGUCUAUCAAAAAACGCAUAGAAAAUGAUCCAUCGAAGUUGGAUUCCGUUGAUCUUUUAUACGUUGCAUCGCACGAGAAACAUUGUUGCGUUAAUUCUAUGGACAAUCGUGAGCGUCUCGUUGAAGACGAAACGCUUGAUCAUUUUUCACGAAGGAACCGGGACGAUCAGGAGCUUCGUCGAUCGUGCUCGAAAUUAGAUAAGUCGACGACAAGGAAAGAAGAAAUCUCACCUUUGCUUCGCACGUGUGACCCUCGCUCCCCACGAGACAUUAAUCUCGAUCUCUUACGAUCACCCGAAGACCAUCGGCCUCGUCUCUGUCAUCGUUGUCCUGCCUGUCCUCGUCACUCCUGUCGACAACGAUGCCAAUUUUGUCAACAGAAAAGAGAAAGGAUUUCUAAUUUUCUCCCGGUCGGUUGCACGUGCCUGUCUAUUCUGGGUAAUCGCCGUGGCUGUUCGUCGAAGGAUCACGAGAGGAUACGAACUUAUGGGAAGAAGGAGGAAGAGGAAGAGGAGGAUGAGAAUGUAGGAGUUAUCGAUCACAAAGAUUCGAUAUCCAUUCUCAUGGAAAAGUAUAAGUCGAGAGACGCGCAGGAGGAAAGACAGAAAAAGAAGAAUCGAUCGAAGGGAAAUGAAAGGACCGGCAAUUGUUACGAGGAGUCGCAAACUUCGAGAAUUCUCGCUCGCGAAAACAGAAAGGAUUCGACGGAGGGCUUGGAAAAUUCCAAGAGUUGCGAUCGCUGUAGAUGCCAAGAAAAUCGUCUAAGAUGGAAGGAACAGGAGGAAAGGGAGCAAGAGGAAAAGACGCUCCUGUUCGAUGAUGGCCGUAAUCGGAUUCGUGGCGAAGGCGAUUUCUAUCGAAGGAAGAAGCCUGCCCGAUCGAAAUUCGGAGUACCCUGGAGACAUACCUUUUGACGACCCUAUCCUUUGUCAGUUUACUUCCCUCUAUACAUAUACUUUUUAUAUCCUUUUUUUUUAUCCGCAAAUUUUAUAAACGUCUAACAUUUUUAUCUACCCUCUUCAUUAUGUACAUUGUAUCUAAUUUAUUUUAAUACUUUGUUAUGUACUUUGAAUGUACAAUAGAAUUGAUAAAAAAUAUAUUACAAAACAUUUUCGUAAUCGUUUGCCUUUGAUCAUUAUUAUUUCUUGUUCUUUUUUCUUUAUUAAAAUGAUUUUAAUAAAAGACAAACUACAAAAUCCGAUUCCUUUUCACUUUGUUGGUCUUUAGUAAAAUUCUCUUCGAUACGAUCUAACGGGGCUUUUAAAAAUUCUACCUUCAACGGUGGUCCUGCAAAGUUAAUGAUCGUAGCAACAGUUAAUAAAACUCACAGUUAAGAAAACUUUGGUGCUUACUUUGAAAGCGUACCGGUGCAGGUGGAAUUACCGAACGUAGCCACUUACAUUAACCUGCCGUGUCGCUCGCAGAAGUGGCCUCAUGGGGCACCUCUUGUUCUUCCCCUUUCUCCUCCUC